UUGUUCCAAAAGACUCACAGCUAAAUAGCUGUACAGAAUAGCAUGGACAAAAAAAGUGAAUUCGGAGGAAUGACUCCACAUCUGUGGCAUAGGAUUGCAAAGAAAUUGAUCAUCUGUCGAGUCAGUGACUUCCAACUAUAAUGUGCAAGUGCAUUGUAAAGUGAGAUGUGUUGCUUCUACGCGAAAAUUGCGUGGACACUCAUAAUUAAUUUAAUUACACGUCGAGAGAGAUCUCCUGUUGAAUCAAUGUUCUUUGAAUUAAUGCCAGUAGUGGAGGCAAAACCAUAUUUUCGUCUUGUAGAUCGGGAAAGUGCAGAAGAUUUGUUGAGAGGAGGAAUUGAUGGAGCUUGUCUGGUGCGCCCAUUCAAAGAGAGGGACGAUUCCAUUAAGUAUGUACUGUCUGUGUAUGCCCAGGAAAAAUUCUUUCACCUACAUCUCCGACAAACAGAAGAUGGUACAUUUGUUGUUGGUCUGGAGAAGCCCAUUGAGAAAGAUUUCCCAUCACCCAUCCACUGUGUGGAUUACUACAGACACCACAAUUUGCGAUGCAUAAACAGUUCGGGAAACGUUGUGGUAACAUUAAAACCCAUAUCUGAAUGAAAGGUGUACGAUUUUUAUUUACAGAUAGACAAUUCCAUUGUGUCAGUGAAAAAUUAAUAUAAUUAUGUGAUUACUACUGCUUUAAGAAUGCAUUUGUACUCCUGAAUGAGGGCUGGCCACACGAAUGCGCGAAUUAUGUUGGAGUUUCUGUCUGAGUAUGAUGCAUGACGCUCCUGUUUCUCUGGCUGAAGAAGACCUACAAGAGAGACAUUCGUGGGAAACUCAUUACAUACAUGCAUGCAAAGUGGAAAAAUGUUAGACUCUCGGGAUUCAAAUACAAUUAACCGCUGAACAUGUUUUUAACAGAGAAAUCUAUCUUGAUAAUAUCUAGAAUAUGUUAAAAACUAAUUUAGAACUCAAAUUAUGCUAUAGUAACAACGUUAGAAGUAUUGAUCAGAAAAUUAGUAUUGAAAUUUUCAUCGUUUCCAUCACCCAAUGUCGCAUUUCCACUUUACUGUUUUUCGCUUUAAUAUCUGUUUAUACGUCAAUUAAACCCCCUAUAUAUUUCAAUUAAAAAUUGUAUGUUCACUAGCAGAAUAUUCAAGUACAAUAGUUUUUUGUUUAAUUGCUGUAAUCUGAUAAAAUUUAGAUAAUACUGAUACGACUGGGUGAUACAGGCGACAAUAUCAUAUAAUUAAAAAUAGGGGAAUCAAUGAUAAGAAUGGGAUAUUCUAAGUUUGUUUCAGAAGGAAUUUUGUGAACUUAAUAUUUUAGUUCUAUGAUAAAUAAAUUAGUUAUUCAAAGAAUAGAUUUGUUUUUUCAAAACCAUAUUUAAAUUAUACUCAUUAAGAUGUAUUUGCUAUGCAUUAAUAUCUAAUUUUGUGAUGGUAAAAUAUCUACAAAUAUCGUAAAAAUAUUAAAUAAUAUAGAUUACAGUAGAAAAUAAAGCUUCUAGGGA